AGGAAGAACGCCGCAGCGAACGAACAGAGUGAGAGAGAGAGAGAGAGAGAGAGAGAGAGAGAGAGAGAGAGAGAGAGAGAGAGAGAGUAGUGAGCUAUGGCUGAUUUCGACAUAGUUGAGCUUCGGAAACGAUAUGAACUGGUCUGUCAGGGUUUCCCCUCCAUUCCUUCUGACCUCAAACGCGAAUACGAAGAGGUAGAAGGUUUCGUCAAAAAAUGUCUGGAGUUGAAGGAGGAACGUUUCACCUAUGACGAAGCUAAAGAGCUGAGGGAUCUAUUAAACAAUGCUGCUACGAUUAUGGGCGGUCUAGCAUAUAAUAUUAUAGAAGAGGCUACAUUCAAAAGUGCUACUUUGAUUGGUCUCAAUGCUCAGCUCGAUCCUUUCAAGACUCGUUUAUCUACCUGUGCAUCUGCAGUCCGAGAAUUUGAACACUCACGAGUGCUUCUCACUGAUGAUCGAGUUGCUCAUCUCAAAGCUCAUGUGGAAGAGAAGUAUGCUUUGUAUCGUGAUUGGUACGAUCAAGAUGCCCCGUUAAGGGAACUAAAACGAGAUAUGUCGAGGCUGCAACACCCUUUUCGCCAACAGCUGGAUUCGCUCGAUCAGAAAAUCUCCAACAACUCUUCAGUCAAAAUCCAAAUUAACCAACUUGUGGAUCAAAUGAGUAAACACAUGGAAACGUGGCCGACCGAGAAACACGUAAAAGACGUAGUGGAGGAUUUGAGAACCAAAGUCAAAGGAUAUGAUUACGUUUCUCAAUCAUUGCAUACAGAUAAGAAUCGUCUCAACGAGCUCCAAGAAUCUCUUGAGAGGUUAAUAACGGAUGUGAUCGGGUUGAUAGAUAGAUUACUGGACAUUAAAAAGGAAUACGAUGUCAAGCUUUUCAGGAUUUAUACCAUCAGAAAAGAAGACUUCCAUGAACUAGACGCUUACCUCUUUGGUCCUAGGGCACCUAAGUCACCUCAAUCCUCGAAAUUCUUUCUUGAAGUGACAAAAUUUGUCCCGAUCAACAAGCUUGUACUUCUCCUAGCUGCAAAACCUAUCUCGGAUAUCACCAUUGUAGAAUGCCGAGAUCACAUCCAGUUUGCAUAUUUAAAAACCGCUGAGGAAGGAGACAUACUGGUGACAGAAGAUGAAUGGGUAAAACUCAUGGGACCCGUGAAAAACCAACUAGAACACGAUAUUUGCUGGGCAUUUGUCACCGCGGAGCUUGUGAGCGCCGUCAGACACAUCUAUAAAUAUGACCCCACCGUUGUGGAAUACUCCUGUCGAGACCUUGUCGAUUUCGUAGAUCAUCAGAAACGUUCCGAAGAGAAGACGAAGGAGAAGUCGGGCAACAAACACUUUUGCUAUGCGCACGGAUCCUAAGGGAAGAAUCCCGUCCGUUUGAAGCCAACUGUAGAGAAGAAGUACUUACACGCCAUGGGUCUAACCUCGGCUACAUUGGAGAGGUAGUCUCCUUGACUACUGUCAAAGAAGUUCUUCAGACGCUUCAAAACCACCCUGUUGCUGGAUGCAUUCCCGUCUUUGAACCAGACUACAGCUCUAUUAAUGAUCAACUGUACUACGGCCCUACAUCUCCACUCUCACGUUACGAAACCAUGCAUGCGAUCAGCUUUGUUGGCGCUGGAGGAGUCAAGCAAGGUGAGAAGCAUGUGAAUGCUAGAUCCAGUCACGGUGUUAACUUCGGCAAAGACGGCUAUUUCAAAAUUUGCUUCCAGCACGUGAUAAUCUGCCUCACCCGUGGACACCACAUGAGGUAUCUUGAAGACCCGGUUCUUCUUCCUUGCAGAUUUGUAUACCCAGAGCUCCUAUCUCUAGAAAAGGACGAAGAGAAGAGAAGAGACGAGACGAUAUAGAUCUCUUGCUUGGAGGGUGAUUUUGGCAGCCAGUAUUCUGUGGGAGUGAAGCUGUAGCUAUGGCUCAUAAACUCUUUUAAUUAUUAGUAUGUUUUCCUACUGUCUGUUGACCUGAACAGCGCUUAGGCUUAUUAGCCACACUUCUCUCCUGAACCUCCUUUUGAAGAUCCAAGCCUUCUUUUCUUUUUCCAAUAACUCGCAACUCUCAAACCAAAAUUGUAUAUAUUUUUCCUUUUAUUUAACAUGCAC